UCCAAGUCGAGAUUUUCUCGAAUUAUGGCUACCAACAACACUGAAAGAUUCCGAGCGCUCACAGAACGUGACGUUGGAAAUUUUGUAAAAGCGAAAGAUGACCAGGACACGCAAAAAAAGGUGGUGAAUCCUGAAAAAUACAUCAGCACUUAGAAUGUUAAAGAACAUACGUGCUUUAAAGCCUGUGUUUCUUCCCGUUUGUAUGGUAUUCAUUCUGUUCUAUCACAUCGAUAAAAACUAUUUUCCACAAAGAGAUCAUUUCAGUUGUAAGAAGAGCCCCAAUCAAACCGAUCGGUGGCUAAUCGUUUUCUGGUCAACCAUUUUCGGAAAACAGCCAGGUAUUGAGCUUAAAUGGAAUAAAAGUGACUGCCCUGUGGCCUGUCAGGUCACAUCUGACCAUUCUCGAGCUUGUGAUGCAGACGGCUUUGUAGUCCAUGCCAGGGAUUCGCACAUGAUACCUCCAACGGAAUCUGUUCCAUGGAUCCUUUACACACAAGAAAAUCCGAUAUACACUUCCGUAAUGAACGACGCCAAGUUUAUGUCCAGAUUUAAACUGUUAGUAAGUUACCGUUUAGAUUACGAUUUUCCUUGGCCAUCCUUUCAUAUGCCAAACGCAACUCCACCUCUUAGGUUUAAGGAAAAGACUAAACUAAUAAUGGCUGCAUUCUCGAACUGUGAGCCAGUGCGAACUGAAUACAUGAGGCAAUUGAUGAAGUUUGUGCACGUCGAUUCUUAUGGAGAUUGUCUCAGGAACAAACAUGGUCUUGUGGAACGCUAUGGAUCUAGAAACGGAUCAAACUUCUUAGAACUGAAAACUGAAUUAGCCAAGCAGUACAAGUUUACUCUGGUAUUUUUUAACCAGGACUGUGAUUAUUUUGUCGAUGCACAACUGAAUCAUGCUUUGAAUGCAGGUUCAAUUCCCGUUGUGAUGAGUACAGAUAAACUUGACGAGUUCCUGCCCGGCAAUCUACGACAUUCCGUCAUUAAAGUCCGUGAUUUCAGGACUCCGAAAGAUCUUUCUGAUUAUCUGAAGUACCUCAGCAGAAAUGAGACUGAGUAUAACAAGUAUUUGUCAUGGAAAUUGGAGGGAAUAGAAAAUAUCACUGGAACCGCUAUUGAAAACGUUUGGAAGCCAAAGUAUCCGCUUUAUUGCCAGAUCUGUGUGGCACUUUCACAAGGACGAAUACACGAGAAGGGACUGGAGCCAAUACCUUGUAAGGCAAGGGCUUACGAAGAUUGGGGAAUAACACCUAGCAGCCGCACAACCCUCGUCAUGAAAAAUGUAAUUUUACUUUACCUAUUAUCAUUAUUAACACCAAUCCUGAUAUAAUUUGUUAAGGGUGGUUAAGAAGAGCGAAAGGCAUGUAACCAAAAUGUUAAUUUGCUGGAGAAAACUCUCAUACCUUG